AAGGCCCUUCUCCCAUUACGAUACUUGUAGGGUACGAUACUCGAGUAUAAUACUAGUUGGAUACAUGUUCGCUACGCGACGCUCGCAUAUUAUGCUACUGAAAAAUUACUAAAUUCAUCAUUUGUGCAAACUUGUUUUUUGUAGACGGACGUUAUGUCGAGCGACUCCAGUGACGAAGAAGCUCUUGCAGUUUUUCUGUUUUAUAGAAAUAGAAGACGUCAACGCAAGAGUAGAAAAUACUGGAUUCAUCCAUAUAUUGAAAGAAACAUAAAUUGUAGAGUUUUUGUAGCCGCACAAGAACUACAACAUGAUGAUAAGAAAUUUUUAUCUUUCUACCGAAUGUCUAAAGAGACCUACUUGCAUCUUGUUACAUUAUUAAAACCAGCUAUACAUCAACGAAAUACUAAAUUUAGAGAAUGUGUCAGUGCGGAAGAAAGGAUUCUGAUAACCCUAAGAUAUUUGGGGUCAGGUUGUACGUUUGUAAGCCUAGGAUUGUAUUUUGCAAGAGGAGAUAAUACAAUUUGCAAGGUCAUAGCUGAAAUGACAGUUAUAAUAUGGGAGAUAUUAAAUGGAGACUUUAUGCCAUUACCAGAUGUGCACCAUUGGAAAGACAUUGCUGCUCGUUUUGAUCGCCUCUGGAAUUUACCCAACUGCUUAGGGGCAUGUGAUGGUAAACACAUCAGAAUAGAAAAAUUACCUGAUUCAGGAUCAAGUAAUUUUAAUUACAAAUCCUACCAUUCGAUAGUAUUAAUGGCAUGUUGUGAUUCCGAUGGAUUAUUUACUGUUAUCGAGACUGGCUAUGCGGGUAGGAACAGCGACGGUGGAAUUUUCAGUGCUUCCAGGAUCAAACGUUGGAUAGAACAUGGACAUCUUAAUAUUCCUUUACCUUCCAAACUUCCUAAUGACCAAUCUAACUAUGAAUUUCCAUUCUAUUUUAUUGGGGAUGAGGCAUUUCCCCUUCUAUCUUACUUGAUGAGACCAUAUCCCCAAAGAACCUUGAAUGACUUGAGAAGGGUAUUUAACUACAGACUAAGCCGAGGGAGGAAUACAAUUGAAUGUGCUUUUGGGAUGAUGGCUGAAAAAUUUCAAGUAUUAAGUACUGCUAUAAGAUGUCAUACAAUAGAAAAAGUAUCAAAUAUAAUAAAAGCAGUGUGUAUUUUACACAACUAUGUUCGAAAACGUGAGGGUAUUCUAUAUAGUCCAAGGGAGUUUAUACAAAACAGAUCGGUCACUAUUCCCGUUACAACGACAAUACAACCUCAUAAUAUAGAAAUAACGGCAAAUAUGUCACCACAUAAUCAACGAAAUUAUUUAGCAAACUACUUUAUAUCUGAGCAAGGUUCAUUGCCUUGGCAAUACCAAUCCUGUUUGCAGAAUACAAUGUAACAUUGAUAAUAAUAAACUAUGUAAGUGUACAAAAAAAACCAACCUGUUAUUUGAAAUUUGUUCCCAAUUUCUGCCCAAGUCUUGUCUAUUAUAUUUUUUCGCAUGUAUUCAGGUAGUUUGUAGUUAUAUAAACAAGCAUGUUUUUCAAUUUGUUGUACAAACUUAAUAUUUGUUUCUUGCUCCGCCGCCAUCUUGUCGAAACGCGCGAGACGCGACGCACAAGCGACCAACACGGCGGGUAUCGCGAGACUAGUCGCGAACGCGUAGAAUACCAGUAUCGUAAUGUGAGAGUGUCCAUAUAAAUGUAUGUGAGAUACUUCGCGGCGACUAGUCUCCGAGACUAGAGUCGCGCGGGCGUAUCGUAAUGGGAGAAGGGCCUAAG